AUGACUCCCCCUCCCGCUAUAGUCCACGGCCCGACCGAGCCUGCCCUCUGGCACAAGACGCUUGGCGAUCUCAUCGACGAGCAAGAAGCUCAUUACCGUUCCAAAGAGGCGGUAGUUGUGCCGUGGCAGUCUGUGCGGCUCAGCUACAGUCAACUGGCGGAGAGAAGCCGUGUGCUCGCCCAGGCCAUGCUCGACAUGGGGUUGCGUCCGGGUGACUGCGUCGGCAUCAUGGCGGGCAACUGUUACCAAUACAUCGAAGUCUUUCUUGGUGGUGGUCGCAUUGGGUGUCCCGUGGUGGUCUUGAACAAUACGUAUACCCCAAGUGAAUUGACCAGAGCUGUUCACCAGAGCUCAUGCAAACUCGUCUUCAUCAGCUCGGUCAUCAGCACCAGAAGCCUAUCAGACCACAUUCACGCUCUUCAAGGCGAACAAUCACCGAAUCCAAAGCUCCCUCAGCUCCGACGGAUCGUGCUCAUCGGAGACGGCACCCCCAGCAGCCAAACAGGCAUCAACCUUCAACCCUACGACGUCUUCACUAGUACCGCCCAUCCCAAUCCAGCUGAACAAGCUGCCAUCGCGCGCACCACCUCCCCCGAAGACGUCCUCAACCUCCAAUUCACCUCCGGCACAACCGGCUCCCCCAAAGCUGCCAUGUUAACGCACAAUAACCUCAUCAACAACGCCCGCUUCUUCGGCCAAGGCCUGGCCCUCACCCCCCAGGAUAUAAUUCUCACACCUCCCCCCCUUUUCCACUGCUUCGGUCUAGUCCUCGGCUUUUUGUCCUCCUUCAUCCACGGCAGCACCAUCAUCUUCCCAUCCGCCAGCUUCUCCGCUCCUAGAUGUGUGGACGCCCUCCUCACCGAACACGCAACUGUGGUCCUCGGGGUGCCAACCAUGUACCUGGCCAUCCUUGAGGCACUCGCCCACACCGGCACCAAACCAUCAUCCCUACGAGUCGCGCUCGCCUCGGGCUCCCCCGUCUCCCCAACGCUCAUGACCCGCCUCCAGACGGAGAUGGGGAUCCCGAAUGUGCUGAUCGCGUACGGGAUGACGGAGACGAGCCCGGUCACGUUUAUGACCGGUCUUGGUGAUGAUGCUGAGAAAGGGCUGAGUACGGUCGGGCGAGUGGUGCCGCAUACGUGGGCGAAGGUAGUAGAUCGGGAAGGUUCCGUUGUUGCGCGGGGGGUGAGGGGGGAAUUGUGUACGGCGGGAUUUGCGUUGCAGAAAGGAUAUUGGCGAAACGUCAAGAAGACAGCAGAGGUGAUGCGGAGGGAUGAGCAGGGGGUGCUGUGGAUGUUUACGGGGGAUGAAGUGGUGAUGGAUGCCGAGGGGUUUGUGGCGGUGACGGGACGGAUUAAGGAUGUGAUUAUUCGGGGAGGAGAGAAUAUCUUCCCGCGUGAGAUCGAGGAGCGGUUGACGACGCAUCCUUCCAUCAGUGAGGCCAGUGUGGUCGGGAUCAAGAAUGAGCGGUACGGGGAAGUGGUGGGGGCGUUCCUGAAGGCCAGUGAGAAAGUCAGUCCCGAUGAACUCCGACACUAUGUCAGUCAGACGCUGGGGCGGCAUAAGGCGCCCCAGCAUAUCUUCUGGAUCGGCGAUGCUGGUGUCGGCACAGAUUUCCCCAAGACCGGCAGUGGGAAACACCAGAAACAUCUCCUGCGUGACCUGGGGAAUCGCUUGGUACGAGCGAGGGAGGUAAACCGGGCGAGGCUGUAA